AAAGAAACAAAGAAAAAAAAAGCAGUAAGAUUCUUCAAUGGCUGCCUAUCCUUCUCAACCAAAACCUUUAGCUCUAGCUCUGCUCCUGAUGGCAUCCCUUGUGGUAGCUGUUGCUGGAAAGUUUAACCAGGAUGUUGAUAUCACAUGGGGAGAUGGGCGUGGUAAAGCAUUCGACAAUGGCAAUCUCAUUGCACUUUCUCUUGACAAAGCCUCUGGUUCAGGUUUCCAAUCCAAGAAUCAGUAUCUCUUUGGCAAGUUCGACAUGCAACUCAAGCUUGUCCCUGGCAACUCUGCAGGCACUGUCACAACCUUCUAUUUCCACUCACAAGGGUCUACUUGGGAUGAGAUAGAUUUUGAGUUCUUGGGGAACCUGAGCGGUGACCCUUUUAUUGUCCACACUAAUGUCUACACUCAAGGAAAAGGCAACAGAGAGCAACAAUUCUACCUCUGGUUUGAUCCAACAGCUGAUUUUCAUACCUAUUCAAUCCUCUGGGAUCCAGUGCAUAUCGUAUUCUAUAUUGAUGGUAGACCAAUUAGAGAAUUCAAGAACAUGGAAUCAAAUGGUGUCCCCUACCCAAAAAGCCAACCAAUGAGGAUGUAUGCAAGUUUAUGGAAUGCAGAUGACUGGGCUACAAGAGGUGGGCUUGUGAAGACAGAUUGGACACAAGCACCCUUCACUGCCUCCUUCAGAAACUUCAAAACCAAAGCUUGUAUUUGGUCUAAAGGAGCACCUUCUUGCAGUAACUCCACUAAUAACCAAUGGUUCUCACAAGAGCUUGAUUCCAUAAGUCACAAGCAGCUAAAAUGGGUUCAGAAAAAUUAUAUGAUCUACAACUACUGUAAAGACACUAAGAGAUUCUCUCAGGGCCUUCCUCAGGAAUGCACUGUCAUCAACAAGAAUUAGGAAUUCAGGACUUGGAUAUAUGGAUCAAUGGCUCCAGAGUUUUGUUUGUUCUAGUAACUUUGAUUCUACAUUCUUUAUCUGACAAGAUUGUACCAAUAAUACGAGGAAAAGAUUUUCUUGCAGUCCAUGAUGUAUGUAAAUAAAUUUCCAUAAAUAAAAAUGUUUUGUUGGUGUGUUCUCUUUA